CGACUCUUUCCCGUUCUCGCAUCACUGAGGCAAUAUAGUGGAGAAGUGUAGCAUCCUGUUUCGAAUUAUAGUAAUAGAUGACAAGAUAAAACGACAAUUUAAUUACCCUGGCGAGAUGUGAGUCGCGAGAUGUAAUUAAUGUAAAUAUCUUAAAAGUGCUAAGAGUAGCGAAAUAAAAUGACAAUGACAUGGAAGCGGAUUAAUGAGCAGUUAGGAGUAGCCAUCCAUAAUUUUGCACAUUCAAACCCGUACACAAUACGCUUAACAGUCGGAGAAGUUGUACAGAUAACUGAAGAAUGUGGAGAUUGGUAUUAUGGCCGCAGCAAAUUUAAAGGCACAUGUGGAAUUUUUCCAAAAUCCUACACAUAUAUCUUACAGAAAUCAACGCAUAUGGAUAACUUAGUACAUGAAAUCACUAAUGUUUUAAGAGAAUGGGGUCAUCAUUGGAAGUAUUUAUAUGUAACACACUCCGAGCACUUUAGGACAAUGCAGCAACAAAUUUUAGAUGCAAUAGGAUACAGAAGCAAGAUUUUGAGUGGUACUUUAACAGUAGAUGAAUUGAAAGAUAUGAAAAGAUUAGCAACAGCAAGGAUAGACACUGGAAAUCAACUGUUGGGUCUGGAUAUGGUAGUUCGAGACGAGCAUGGAAACGUUUUAAACCCUGAAGAAACGAGCACCAUUCAAUUAUACUAUCAUCAUGAGACUGCUGCAGAAAGAAUAAGAAAGGCGUGCAAUGAUACCAAAAAAAAAUCGCAUAAGCCACAAGUACCUGUAUAUUCACAUAUCUUCUUUGUCAGUGUGAGAAAUUUUGUAUGCAAAAUGGCAGAAGAUGUAGAGCUGCUAUUGACUUUAUAUGAUGGCAGAGAGAUGAAAGCUAUCACAGAGAAUUAUGUGGUAUCAUGGAGCAAAGAGGGACUUGCAAGAGACAUUGAUCAGUUGCACAAUCUUAGAGUAUUAUUCACGGAUCUUGGUUCCAGAGAUUUGACAAGGGAUAAAGUUUAUUUAGCUUGUUAUGUAAUUAGAGUGGGCGGUAUGGAAGCCAAAGAACCGGAUCAUCGACGCUCGAGUGUUACACAAAAUAAUCAGAAUAAAUCAAAGAGUACGGAAAAUAUGAGGAGACCAUUUGGUGUAGCCGCAAUGGAUAUUACUCUGUUUAUUACUGGCAAACUCGAGGGAGAUGUUGAACAACAUCAUUUUAUACCUUUUAUACAUUGUGAGAAAGACAGUCUCGAUGGCACAUUACGUAGAAUUAUCGCGCAGAAAGAAGUAAAUAUCCAGAGACAUAUCAAUGGCAAUAUCACCAAUAUCACAGGUGGACAAGGAUUAUGGACAAGUUUAAAAUUGUUAAGAGGCGAUCCAAAGCAAGUACGUGACGAAAAUCCACAUUUGGUUCUCGGUAACGUUGCAAUUGCGCGUAAAAUGGGAUUUCCGGAAGUUAUUUUGCCGGGUGACGUACGCAACGAUCUGUAUCUGACUUUAAUUAGUGGUGAAUUUAGCAAAGGCUCAAAAUCUACAGACAAAAAUGUGGAAGUAACGGUUAAAGUAUGUAAUGAACAUGGCAUAGCAAUUCCUGGAGUCAUGACAUUAGGUGGCGGCGCGUCUCCAAUUGACGAGUAUCAUAGCGUUAUUUAUUAUCAUGAAGACAAGCCUAGGUGGUGCGAAACAUUCAAGAUUGCCAUACCUAUAGAAGAAUUUAAGCAGGCUCACUUAAAGUUUACAUUUAAGCAUCGCAGUUCUAAUGAAGCAAAAGAUAAGUCUGAGAAGCCAUUUGCUUUAAGUUACGUUCGAUUAAUGCAACGUAAUGGCACAACUCUGCAAGACAUACAACACGAAUUGUUGGUUUACAAAUUAGACCAAAAAAAGUACGAGGAAAGUGAUAUAUCUUACUUUAAAUUGCCAUCAACACGUGGAGAAUUGGCUGAAUUAAACAUAGACAAGAAACCAAGUUUAGGAUCAUUAACAUUAAGCAGCAAAGAUAGUUUUUUGAUAGCAACCAAUAUUUGCUCAACUAAAUUAACUCAGAAUAUAGAUUUAUUAGGUUUACUUAAUUGGGCAUCGCACAAUACUGGCUUAAAAGAAUCUUUAGCUGCUUUAAUGAAGGUUGAUGGGGAGGAAAUAGUGAAGUUUCUGCAGGAUGUUUUGGAUGCUUUAUUUAACAUCUUAAUGAGUAAUUCGGACAGUGAUGUCUAUGAUGACAUGGUUUUUGAGUGCCUUUUAUAUAUUAUUGGGCUUGUGUCCGAUAGAAAAUAUCAGCAUUUCCAACCAGUAUUAGAUUUAUACAUUUCUGAAAGUUUUUCUGCAACUCUAGCAUAUAAAAAAUUAAUUGCGGUGUUGCGUAAGCGUAUAGAUAAUAUCGGUAAUAACGAUGGCCAAGAACGUGAUUUAUUGCUUAAAACAAUGAAAAGCUUGCAAUACUGCAUGAGAUUUAUUGUCGAAUCUCGUCUUUUAUUUACUGAAUUAAAUCAAGAUGAAGAAGAAUUCUCACAAACAUUAACAGAUCUAUUACGAUCUAUUGUUAAUCUCAUGAGUUACGAAACAGAUGGAACUUUGUUGGUUCAAGGAGCUUGCCUCAAGUAUCUACCUACAACAAUACCACAUUUAUUAAGGGUCUAUAGUGGCAAGCAAUUGAGUACAAUUCUAACAGAUUUACUCGUAACUCUACCAACAGGUAGAUUAACCAAGCAGAAAAUGAUGACAGUCAAUGAUAUUGUUCAUAGUCCACUUUUUUUAAAUGUGGAGUGUAGAGCUAUUUUAUUGCCGAGAAUUACCAUACUCGUGAGAGACUUAUUGGAAGCUAAAGAGGAGGGGCUAUCGAGUACGCCUGGAAAGAGCGUGGCGAAGGUAGCCAGGCUGCUCGGCGAAAAUCGGCAUCGGCUCAACCAACAUCGCGGCUACUCCGAAGAGGUGGAAUUAUGUGUCAAGAUAUUGUCUGACAUUUUGGAACUGACUUUUAGAAAAGAUAUAGGUAGCACAGUUUCUGAUGUUAAAGAGAUAAUGUUAACUGCAUUACGUACUAUUAUACAAACUGUUAUAUCAAUGGAUAGGGAAAAUCCUUUAGUUGGAAAUUUAGUGUCAGUCAUGUUAGCGAUAUUCAGACAAAUGACACACCACCAUUAUGAAGUGUACAUCAAUCAUUUUGGAACAAGAAUUGAUUUACUCGAUUUUCUUAUGGAGAUAUUAUUAGUCUUCAAAGAUUUAGUUUCUAGAAGUGUGUUUCCAGGAGAUUGGUGUGAAAUGAUUAUGCUUCAAAAUAGCGUUAUUUUAAAGUCAUUACGAUAUUUCUCGGGCACAAUUAGAGAUUAUUUUUUCACCGAAUUUGAACAUCAAGCUUGGUCAAAUUUCUUUCAUUGUGCUAUUGCUUUUUUAACUCAACCUGCUCUACAAUUAGAUACAUUUACACCAGCAAAACGAAACCGCAUUAUUGCGCGUUAUAACGACAUGCGUAGAGAAACUGCAUUUGAAAUUCGAUCAAUGUGGUUCAAUUUAGGGCAACACAAAAUACUUUUUGUGCCUGCUUUAGUCGGCGCAAUUCUUGAAAUGGCAUUAAUACCUGAAACUGAAUUGAGAAAAGCUACAAUACCUAUCUUUUUCGAUAUGAUGCAAUGCGAAUAUUACAGCUCACGUAUAGUGGAAGGAUAUGGCGAUACCAAACGUGAUCCUGCUCAUAUCAAAGCUAAUUUUAUAGAAUAUGAAAAUGAGAUGAUUGCAAAACUGGAUAUCCUGGUAGAAGGAGGCAGAGGUGAUGAACAAUUUCGUGCGCUUUGGACUCAUGUUAUGGGUUCUUUGUGUGAAAAACAUUCCACAAUGCGAGAACAAGGCUUACGCUUCGUAGAUACUAUCGCUAAGCUCAUGGAACGCUUGUUGCAAUAUCGGGAUAUUAUUCAUGCAGAAUCUCAAGAACAUCGUAUGCUUUGCACUGUAAAUUUAUUGGAAUUCUAUUCCGAGAUUAAUAGGAAGGAAAUGUAUAUCAGAUAUGUAAAUAAGUUGUGUGAAUUACAUUUAGAAUGCGAUAAUUACACAGAAGCAGCUUAUUCUCUGAAACUCCAUAGUCAAUUAUUAGCAUGGAGUGACCAACCUUUGCCACCUUUGCUGAUAUCACAUAGGUAUCCAUUAUGCCAAACACAUCGUGAAUUGAAAGAAGCAUUAUAUAAUGAUAUUAUCGAUUAUUUUGAUAAAGGAAGAAUGUGGGAAUGCGCUCUUACUGUUUGCAAGGAAUUAAUAUCACAAUAUGAAGAAGAAACAUUUGAUUAUUUGCAACUGUCUGUAUUAUUGAGACGCAUGGCAAAAUUCUAUGAUUGCAUAGUGAAACAGUUAAGACCUGAACCAGAAUACUUUAGAGUUGCAUAUUAUGGUCGAGGACAUCCUGCUUUUCUUCAAAAUAAAGUAUUUGUCUAUCGAGGAAAAGAAUAUGAACGACUUAGUGAUUUUUGUUCAAGAACAUUGAAUCAAUUACCGAAUGCAGAGCAAAUGAACAAAUUAUCUCCACCCACUCCAGAAAUGCUGGAAUCCAAUCAUCAAUAUGUGCAAAUUAAUAAGGUAGAGCCAUUAAUGGAUGAAAAAAGACAUCGUCUGAGUGGUAAACCAGUUACUGCAGAAGCAGUUUUGAGGUAUCAUCGUGUGAAUGAUGUGCAACGCUUUAGAUUUUCAAGACCUGCACCGAGAAAAGAAAUUAUUGCAAUAGCUAGUGAUAAAGAAAAGGAAAUAAGUGCUGGCAUUAAUAAUAGCAAUGAAUUUGCUUCGUUAUGGUUAGAAAGAACGGUGCUUGUGACAAGCUACCCAUUGCCAGGAAUUCUUCGAUGGUUUCCUGUGACGUCUAGUGAGACAUAUUUAGUCAGUCCAUUGAGAAAUGCGAUUGAAACUAUGGAAGCUACGAAUAUAGCACUACGAGAUCUCAUUAUUGCUCACAGAAGCGAUCCCAGUCUUCCAUUAAACCCGUUAAGCAUGAAAUUGAAUGGUAUAUUGGAUCCAGCUGUUAUGGGUGGUAUUGAUAACUACGAAAAGGCUUUUCUCAAUAUUGAAUAUAAAGAUAGCCAUCUAGAAGAAAGUUCAGACCUUCUUAAGUUAGAAGGACUUAUUGCGGAACAAAUUCCCUUACUCAGUAUAGGACUUCAGUUGCACAAAGCACGAGCGCCUACCGAAUUGGCGCCAUUUCAUCAACGUUUAGAACAAUGUUUCGUGUCGAUGCGCAAUCAAGUAGAAGCUAAGUACGGGAAGAGGACAUGUGAUUUACAAAUUGAAAGCCUAACGCAGACUGUAACUAUGCGAAGACCACCAACUUUAAGAGGGGAUAAUCACUGCCUGUCUGAAUCAAAUAUGAAUAAUUCAGAGAUAUCCUCUCUUACAAGAUCCCAAGUUGCAACGUUCAAGUCACUUGCAUCGUUCAAUUUUAACAACAGCACAUCCCCAAGUGGUGUUCAAAACGUCAAUUUAUCAAGGAACAACUCUAUGCGUUCGCAUAUUUUGUCAACGGCCUCUUUGCAAAAGGCAUUGGGAAAUCCUUAUCCAGGAACGUACAAGAAGAAGGAUGCGAAGCGUAGAAGUUCGCGAAAGAGCGAUUCUGCCACAGUGACGAAAAAUGAUCAACCCACCAGCCAGUGGUACACUACGGCCGAAAUAUCUCACAGUUCAGCGUCUUCCGUUACAUCAUUGAUAUCUAAUUUACAUUCGACACCUGUAUUUGAACUACGACAAGAGCUCACUCCAAAACGUCCUUUGAGAUCAGAAGCGGAGAAAGAACGUAGAAUGAGUAAUCGUUGGUCUGGACAGUCGCAGCACUACCUAAGGAACAUUAAUAAUGAAUUAGAACCUAGCAAUUUAGGAAAGGGAAAUAGAGAUAGCGUCGGUACGACCGAUAGUACAACAUCUGAGGACGAUCCGCCGCCGCCUCUGCCGAUUAAAAUGCGCGAGGCUGAUUAUUGUAAUCUCCCGGAGGAGCUGUCUUCUAAUCAGUGUCUAGCUAAUAGUACUUUCAAUAAUCUAAACAAAUCUUCAGGAGUGUGGAAGAAUAAGUUGCCAACACCUACUGAUGAUGACUUAGAUAAUCAUUCUAAUAAACCACCGACGCCUCCACCGAAACCAAAAAGACCAAUUAAUAGUUUGCAUACGAUCGUUCUCUCUUCCAACGAUGUCGAAACCUCAUAUGUUGAGGAUUCGUCGACUGCGUAACGUAAUGUAAAAUCCUGCAAGUGUUUUAUCGAUUUUGCAAAGAGUUGUGAGCAUAACAAGUGUCCAUCCACGUUUAUAAUAUGCGCGUUUUCCAGUUAUUCGCGUUUUUUUUUUCUGUACUGUUGAUCUUUAGGAAAGUUACCAUUCUCUUAGAGUUAGCAUUCUAAUAUAUUUCUUUGUGCCUUUUUUUCGCGAUUUAGGAUAAGCGAGUUUACGCUAUUACCAUAUACGAAAUCUUUAAUAAUAGAAAGUGUUACACUAUUCAUAUUGAUAGCGAGCAAUGUUAUUGACAAAAAAAAUUCAAAAAUUAAUAUGAAUUUAACAGCAUUUUAUAAUUUUGUAGUGCAUAUUUGACAAAGACUAUAAUGACGAGUGAUAAACUAAUAUAUAUAUAUAUAUAUCAAUGUCAUUGCCUUAUUUUUAUUCUAAUAUAUAACACACAUCUUCGCGCUUUAUUCGAAAAAUUCAAUGUUUUUAUAACAUUAUCAUGAAUCAAAUAGAAUUUGCGCUUAUAAAGAUAAAAAUUGCCAUAUUUGCUUUUAACGAUUUUUCACUCUAUAGGAGCUUAUUUUUUCGAACAUUUAAACACUGUCUGAUUAUAUUUCACAUGUUUGCUGUAAUGUCAUUACUCUCUCGCUCCAUUACAAGGCAUAAUAUGCUAGAGUAAUGUCAAUUUUUUCGACCUAAAAUUUUAUUAUAUGACUUUGGACAUAUAUAUUUGUGACAAAUACAUAUUUUUAUAGAUUUUGAUAUGAAACGUAUACACACAUGUAGCUUUAAUUGUAAUGAAAACUUUGGGAACUUUUUACAUACUGGCAAUUUUUGAAUGAAUUUGUGCUAAUAAUAUAAUAUAAAAGAUUAAUGCAUUAAAUAUAACGAAAGUAGUUAACUUUUUGCACAUCUCUGAUACAAUAUUCUAACUUAUUUCAGAAAUCCGAGAUUUUUAUAAAAUAAUUAUGAGUAGUUAUAUAUUUUAUAUAACCACAACAUAGUUAUAUUAUUUAAAUAUUACCAAGCCAUUGUGAUCUAGUGGUAAAAAGAAAUUUAUGUGAAUUACUGUAUUUAUAUAAGUCAUUCACUUGUUAACAACGAGACUAUAGUCUUAUGUGUUAACUUAUUUUUAAUACAUAUAAGAAAACAUAAUCGUUUAUACAAAUAGAUUCAAUAAGAAGUAAGUAUGCAACAACUGAAACUGCAUAUGGUGUUGCAUGUUCGUUUCAUAAUCCAAAUAAAUUAUUUACUUGUAACAUCAAUUAUAUGAUCAUAGAGUAAUUAACGCUAUAUCAUGACAAGCUGCUUCCUAAUUGAGCACAAAAUCAGAAUAAAAAUUUAAAUGGAUUAUGAAGAUUAUAAUCUUAUAUAAAAAGACUUUAUAAUUAAUCAGGGUGUCGAUUUACAUUGCCUUUUAAUUAUAGCAAAUUCUACAAACUUACAAUAUUAGAAGCCAUUUAUAACGUUGAUAUAAGCUAUUUAUUAUGUUUUUCGAUAGCGUCAUUUGAGUCUCAUACCAAAGAGAGAUUAAUGCUUUAUUUAUUAAGAGCUUUAGAAAAUUAUAUGUGAUGCUGAAGAAAAAAAUAUGAUAUCCUAUAAUAUAUUGAUAUUUGCAUCUAGUGGAUGAUAAAGAAAAUAAGUUAAAAGAAGAGGUGACAAGUGAACUUGAUAGAUCAUUCAUUACUUAUGAUAAUUAAUGUAGCAAAGAUCUGUAUUCAAAGUUAUUGUUUUUGUAUUAUUGUUUAUUUAUUCAUGAAGUAAAUUCCGAAAAAUACAUACACAUAUAUUGUGCAGAGCAUUUAUGAAUACAGUUCUUAGUUUUGACGCUAAUUUUGUUAUGUAAUAGAAAAAAAUUUACAAUGUAUUGAGCCUAAAAAAUAAGGAAUUUAAUGUAGCGCCAUUUGUUUCUCAAGAUAUAUACAUAUAUGAUUGAUCUUUUCUUUUAGGGACCAAUAUAUAUUAUCUUGUUAUUUAACUAAAAUAAUUUUUCUGUUUUUUACUUUUGCAUAUAAUACAUUGCAAUAUUUUCACACACAUACACAAAAUAAUAUUUAUUUAAUAUAUAAUUAUGUCCACACACACACACAUACAUAUCAACAAAAUCUUAAUUAUAAAUGAGUGCCAUUCACAUUAUCAAACUCUACUAUAUGAUACAUUUUUCUUAUAAGAAAAACUCUAAGCAAUAAGAAAUAUAUAUAUAUACAUACUAUAUAACAAAUUAAUUUUAUUUAUAAAAGAUGAAAUUUGAAUUUCACAUAAUUUCAUAAAUCCUUAUUUUUUAAUAUAAGCAACAUAAUUACAUUGUUUAUAUAUUAUAUAUUGAUAAUUUACUUAUAAAAAUAUAUUUUAUGUAGACCGUUUCUUAUAAAAAAUUACAAUGAUAUUACAAAUAACACAAGAGAGAAGUGAGGGAAUAUAUAAAUUUGGAUGAAUAUAUAAAUUUAACUUUAUAAAACAAUGAAUUUAUAUAUUAUAUGUUUUAUAAUCAGAAUAUAUGUGUUAUGAUAAAAAUGGACUCAAAAAGUAAUUCAAUUUUCUGCAAUUUACUCUUUCUUUUUAUGUAAUAAAAAUGUAAUUGUAAUUGUUUCUAUUUAUUACAGUUAAUUAUAACAGUAAUCCUUGUAACUUAUUUUAGUUUUCUUGGAGAAAAUUUAAAAAAAAAUAAAAGUUUUAUAAGCUGAUUAAUUUGCUUAUUCCUACAAUUAAAUCUCCUCUGAAACAAUGCCGAUUUAUAACAGAGCAAAGAAUCAUUAUAAAAUAACGAUAUAAAACUUGUUGAUUAUAAAUGUAUUCAUUUUUCCAGUGAACAUGAAUUAGGCCAAAUUGAUGAAAUACACAACUGGUAUGAAGAUAUUGUAAGUGUCAUCCUCAUUAUUUUAAUAAGACUCUAAUAAAUUACAGUAAAUUGCAGUAAUGCCAUCGAUAGCAAAAUAGUACUUAUUGUAAAUCUGCUAUUUAACUUUGGUUGGAAGUGUGAGAAAAUAUACAUUUCUUGAUAGUUACAUACAUAUAUAUAUAAUUACAUACAUACAUACAUACAUACAUAUAUACAUAUAUACAUAUAUAUAUAUAUAUAUAUAUAUAUAUAUUUUUUUUCCCCUUUUCCUUGAUUUUAAGAUGGUCUUGUGAAUCGAAAAUUUACAGAUACAAUUAUGAUAUAUUAUUAUUUAUUUAUAUUAAAAUUCAUAACUAUAUUGUAUAACUAUAUAUUAUAUUGACAUGCAAUAUAGAACAUUAAAAUUGACAUUCUAUAUGUAUGUAUG